ACAAGCGCGCCGUGCUCGAGUGAACGUGUCUCGUUUUCUUAUCCGUGUGCGAGGAUGCUGGGUCCGUUCGUCGUUCGUCGAUAAAUCGUUCGCCGUUGUCGACGUGAUGAACACCGGAAUCUGAGGACCCGAGCCGAAAAUCCAGCGGGACCGCGUAUCCGGACGAUGACGGUGAUAUUCUGACUGUUGGGCGACACUGCCGCCGAGACCUAGCCGCGUUCUUGCGAAAGGUGCCGAUAGUGCGCGAGUGCCUGGUUCCGAACACCGACAGCCUCAAGGGAAAAUGUCGAGGCGCGAAGGGAACGUCGGCCGGCCCUUCGAACCGAUCCCGACUUGCCUGCUCCUGUUCUGCUGCUGUUUCGUUCUUGUACGCUGUCAACAGGGAACAGCCGAAUCUUGGGAUAGGUUUUCGCGUUUAAUUCCCACGAAUUCGGUGUACGGACAAGAGGAGAAAAAUGUCUCCCCCACCGGAAGCCCGGCAGAGCCAUUUUUACGCUCCUUGGACGAAAACAAUGUCAUGGAGACGUCAAAGACGAACGAGAAAAACAAUGGCCACGAAGGUGUAGAGGAGGAGGAAGCUUACGAGGACGAGUACGAGACUGAAUCGGACCCAAAAACGGUUUCCGAGAAAUCUAAGUCCUCAAAAAUCACCGAUAACACGGCAACACGUAAGCACGAGUCGUCCCCCGCUUUGUCUUCGAAAGCCGAGGACACAUCCAGGGAUGAGGAUUAUAUCGAAGACCCGUCGACAAGCCAAUACGACGCGUACUAUUACUACGACGAUUACGAAAGCAAUAAUAGAUCGCGAUACGAACCUGUAGCGAGUGCCGACAAUCUCGACUAUCCUGACGCUGAGGAAGAAGAGAGAGAAGAGCAGGAAACCAAGGAAAAGCAGAAAGACGAACUUGCUAAAAGGCCAGCGAGUAUUAAGCACGAUUCUUCAGAAAAUGAAGAGGACGAAGAACCUGUUCAUAAACCGAUCGUGAACGAUACUUCCUCGGAUCUUAUCGAAGAGAAGGAUCUAGAUACAUUAGUCUCAUUAACGAAUGCUGAAGAAGGUUCCUCGAUGGAGGGCAGCCAUAAAACCUUCUCAUUCAUUGGACCACCCGGUAUGAGGACAAACGUAUCAGCUGAUAGUUCCAUUCUGAUCGGCGAAGCAGUGGUGUCCGUGGUGACGACGAAGAGCGUGGUGAACGGCACAAUAUCCGUUCCAACGACGUCUCCUCCGACCACCAUAGAACAGGUCGCUGCGCCGCCGUCGCCCUCGACCACAGAGGAGCCAGAGACGACUGUUACGACGGAGGACACGUCUAGGAUCUUGGCAUCAGUCCAGACCAGUCGCAGCAUAUCCGGAGCCAGGUUCCUACCGUUCCCUGUCAUUGAUCGCAUCGAGCCGAUCAGUCCGAAUGGCGAGAAAAAAACCUCGCCGCCCCCAGAAUCCACAGAAAGUAUCAUCGACAAGCUGGACAGGGUGCAAUCGGAACUGUCCAGUGGCAUCCUGGUUGGUGGAUUCCGAAAUACCGGCAAUUCUCUACAACUGGACGUUCUGCCUGAUAGGGACAAGGGCAAUAGAAGAAGAUUCACUACCACCACCAUAAAGACGCCGGUCAUCAGCAAGUUUGUACCGAGACGUUACAACGAUAAAAGGACAGACCAUGGCUAUGUCACGCCGAAACCGAAAAUUGAGACUACGCUGGAUAGCCUCGAAGGGCUUCUGCCACGUGAUUAUGUUGCGAAGAAUUCUGGCACCACUUACGCACCUUUAAAAAUCGGUUUUAGGUGGCCCUCAAAGAGCACCACGACAUCAGAAGCAACGACAACUCAACUCGCUUCUACCACAACUACCACGACGACCACUUCCGCUCCGACCACGAGAAAGACAAAGACGAACACGGCAGUACAAGACAUCAGCGCCUUCCUGCCACCCGGUUACAAAUUGAAAAAAGAGGAGGCAACCGCUACCGAGAGCUCCUUGUUAAGCGACAUUUUAUCCAAAUCAAAGGUAGACAUAUCGUCUCUGUUGCCACCGGAUUACAAUAAGAAGAAGGACCAAACAAGCUCAACUGCGAGGAGCGUGACAGCGACAACGGAGAAACGCGCGGAGGCUUCGACGGAGAAAUUGCCGGCGGACAAAACGAUACAGGACUUGUUCGCGAAGUCCAAGUUCGACAUAUCGUCCCUGCUGCCGCGUGAUUAUGAACAAAAGAACACGAAUCUCACGCCGGGACUGAAAGACGUUGAAAAACACGUUGACAAUUCUACCAAGUCGUCCACGACGGAGUCCGCGUCAUCCACGACCGCAAAAUCUGGCGGUUUGAAAAUUGUAUUUCCCAGCAGACCAGGGGGACGAAAGCCUAUUCAUAAGAUCACUACUCCGCAACCUCCUCGCGGCGAAGCUCCAGGCGCGGUUACACCGAAAAUACAAAGAGGAUGGCCAACCAGAGCUACCACAGAAUUCACUGGUUGGCCUACUCCAUCCACUACACCGAUAUCUAUAGAAAAAUUGCUAGAGGCUGCCCGGACAGCAACGAUUUCGUCGAUGAACGCGUCGCUGAUACCAAUAACCGAGGUAACAUCGAGCACCUCAACUACGACUACAACGACCACGACUCCGAGGCCCACUACUCCAGGAAUCUGCGAGCAAGACUGCGAAGUCGCGGGAACGAUAAAGAUAAUUGGUAACACAACCUGGGUACCGGAAUUACUUGAUCGAAAUACUCAGGAAUGGCAGAAUCUGGCUAACGAGAUUGAGCAAGAGAUGAACUUCAUAUUUUCCAAAUCGUCCGUUUUAACGAAAUGGUACAAGAAAGUGCGAAUCGAUUCAUUCAGCAAGGGAAGUAUAUUAGUGGAUUAUUUCGUGGAAUUAGCAAACCUGGAGGAAAAAAUCAAUACGCAAGAGUUAAAGGUUAUUUUCCAUGACUCAUUGCGAACGUAUAACACGAACAGGUGGAACGAUACAAAAGUCAGAGAUUCGAUAAAAUUGGGCUCAUUCAUAAUUGAUCCAAAAUACACGGAUUUCGUUGUGAUACCGAAAUAUACUACUCCUAAGUACAUUGAGAAGGACGACAAAUUGAUACCACAAUGGGCUAUUGCUGUAAUCGUAAUCGGUGUUGGUGGAUUACUUUUUAUCAUUAUAUUUGGUGUUUCCGUUCUCUUAAAUCGCCAUAAUGGUUCUAAGCUAAAACCAUCCGUAUCCGCGAUCUAUGAAGAGGAAGUAGCAAAAAAUAUAUCGUCCCAUAGAUCCACUGACUAUUCAAAACCAGUUCACACGAUAUGGACUGAUCCUGAUGUUUCUUGGAACGAUAAGUCUUUUGAAUCAACUUCCAAUAAGGUACUCGUCGAGAAGUCGUUUCAAGACAAUAAAAAGUAUAAUAUGUAUGAUAGUUGGCGAUCGGAAUGGAAUGGUUACUAUUAUAAUGGGUCUCACGCCAGCAGCAAAUAUGAUGGCUAUGACAGUACAACGAAUUUAUCAAGUCGUCAUCAUCCUGAUUAUGACACGAAUUUCUAAAGUUGACGGUAAUAAAAUGAAUUUUCUAUCAACUCUAUUCUUAUUUAAUUUAUUGAGUGCCUUAAAUAUGUAAGUCAUCAGAUUCUAUUAUACUAAUGUGUAUAAAUUUUUCGAACAACGAAAAGCAACAUACACAUUAUGAAAUAUCUUAUAUUACUCUAAGGUAUACUAUAUUUUUCUAUAAUAUUUUAUACAGUUGUUAUCGAAUAUUGAGCAAACAUUAUCCUAUGCUUUGUAUCUGAAAAUAGUUAGUAUAUGAUACAAUCAUUUUUUUUACUGAUUUUAUUACAAGAAUUUUAUUAUUUAUUCUAGU